UAUAGGAAAUGCGUUUUUCUAAGGUACAUAAACUUUUGAGAUUGACUGUAUAGCCAAUACAUCCUUAAUGCACGAUCCGUUAUGAAAAUCAAAGAAUUGAUAAUAAAAUAUUGAUUAGACAUAAGACGAUAGACAAAGCCAAUCAAAAGAUUCUCGAGUCUAAUUCAGUUGUUUUAUAUAAACGCCCUCUUUCAUCCUACGUAUCAUAUGUCGAUAGAUUUUUGUUACAUUUUAAACGUAUAAUCCAACACCCUGUUUAUCCCUUAUUUCUAUAUGAAAACAUACGUACAUGGUAUCCCAACAAAAGUUGUGUACACACUCAUUAAGCAAUGCCCGUGGAUUCUGUUAAAUUUUCAAAAUGAAAUGUAUUUUAAUAGACACCGACUUUACGAUUACUUAAAAUGUUUACACAUAUUUUUGAGACACCCUAUACACUGAGCGAGUGUAUUAAUUGUGAGUCGUAAACAUACCGAUAUGAACGCGGAAUUGGUACCGGAGUACCAAAUAUCAAGGGGACGCUCGACGAUUGAAUCAUUUUCAAAGAAGUCCUUCUGUCUUCUCGAAGACAUUAAAACUAGUCAUUAUUUACGACCGCCACGCAGUAAUUGUGGUUUCAUUAGAAACCAUGAUUAUUACUGCUGGGCUUUCGACUAUGAUAUAAUUCAAUUGGAUUUCUUAACUUCGGGGACUAUAAAACAUGUCUGCAUCAAAUUUGUUAAACUAUUUGUUAAACGAUAGUCGUUUAGUGAACGUUUCAACGAUUUCUGAUGACUCCAAAGAUAAUUCUGUUGAUAAUGAUGCCGGUGGGAUUGCUAUCCAGUCCUCAAGGACCAGCGUAUCUUCCACCUGCGGGACAGCCCAGGCCUAACAAUCCACAGCCACCGGGUGGACACCCAGACGAGUGGGCAGGGGAUCCAGUGAAUUACGAAUUUUCGUACGAAGUGGAGGACGCGUUAAACGCUCUAAACUUCGGCCACCAGGAGUCAAGGAAGGACGACGAAGCCACAGGGAGUUAUCACGUUUUAUUACCGGAUGGGAGGACUCAGAUCGUGGAUUAUGUGGCCGAUAGGCAAGGGUACAGACCGAUGGUACGUUACGAAGGAGUCGCGAGCUAUCCUGCACCUUCGCGUCCAGCAGGAGGGACCAGCAAUGACGAAGGAUAUAGAUAUUAAUUAAUAAGGAUGUUAAGCUAGCGAUUGGCAAGUUGUAACGAUUUUAAUAAAAAGAAGUUGUAA